AUGGAACCAGCAAGCCCAACACCAUUGAACGAAGACAGAGACACAAAGCAAACCACUCAAGGGCCGAGUCCUGAAGAGUGGCAAGACAAGAGGGAUACCAUUCAUGAGAUCUACAUCAAACAAGGAAAGCCUUUGAAAGUCCUUAUAUGUAAGAUGAAGAGUCGCUAUGGAUUUGAUGCAACCGCGAAAAUGUACACGACCCAUUUCAAGAAGUGGGGAUCGAGUUUCUACAAGAACAGGAGGGAGAAUGAUGCGGAAACUGCUCGUUCUACAAUCAAUGUUCACCGAACGCGACCCAGACGCCUUGUAGAUCACAUCCCAUCCCGAUCUGGCUUGCCUCGUCUUGAGCCACAUCCAUCUGCGGAUGCACAUUUUUCCGAUGGAGUCACAAAGCAACGAUCCAUCAUGAGCUUUGCAGAGGUCUUUGUAUAUGGCUUGUUUGACACCUUUAACUUUUCUUCAAACUUGUUCGAUAUCAUCGUCCCUCCAGGAGCCCCUGAUCACUCGCCAGUCUGGCAGCAGAUAAGCGAUGAGUGCUUUGGGGUUACGACUCUCCUAGAGGAAGGGAAAUACGCAGAGAGCCGGGAAACCUUCGACAUCUUGUGUGAAAGAUUAAAGGAUGUAUUUGGAAGCAAUGAUUAUGGAAUGAUCAUAGUAUUAUGGCCGAUUUGUAUCAGAUUCCACCAGGCUGGACAGACCCACAAUAACUUUGCCCUCCUUGAGUACCUCUUAGAUCUACUUCGCUUCCUGGCACAUCAACGCUAUCCCAGUGGACAUCCAAUUCCAAGUUUGCUGAAGGUCUUACGCCAGACACCGGCCGAAGAACGCUUGGAGAUCCUGCGAGUUGGCUACCUACGAACUGUUCGCUCUCUCGAAAACCGCGUUGGGUUUGGCAAUGCCGUUGUGCUUUCAAUGUGGGCUAAGUAUCUCAAGAGAUUCAAUGGCCAAGAGUUGCCUGCAAGUGCACUCACUUCUCGUUAUGAGAAUGUACUGCUGGCGGCUGAGAACUCUUUCACAAAGAAAGGGACCAGAGCCAUUGAGAUUCUCCAUGGUUACAUCUACGCCGCGUACUACAAUGCUAACAACCAGAUGUUGACCUGGGAUCUUGCUUCUAAAAUGGUUGAACAAGCAUCGUUAAUUGGGCUUGAAAACCCUCAAUGGUGUUUAGCUACUCAAGGCUAUGCAAUGGCCGCAAAGCUUUUAUAUACCGUGUCGGAGCAGACUGGUCAUGGCAAGGAAGGAGAACUGAUAUUGUGGACUGCCAUAACCAGGCUUGCUUCUGGGGAUAGAGAAUGUCAGACAAGAGCUCUCAUGAUGGCAAAUAUGCUGGGGGUUGCAAUAAACUCAUGA